CUAGGACGCACAGAUUUACCAACACACCGCGAUUCUGCGUUACAUUCAUUUAAAAAUGUUUAAACUUGAACCGUAACAAAUCAUACGUUCUCCUUCAAAUCACCGUCAACAAUGACGAAUGCCAAUUUACAGAAAGCCAUUGAUUUGGCCAGCAGAGCCUCGGAGGAGGACAAGGCGAAAAACUAUCAGGAAGCUCUGCGCCUCUAUCAACAUUCAAUCCAGUAUUUUCUUCAUGUGGUGAAGUAUGAUGCUCAAGGGGAAAAGGCCAAGCAGAGCAUCCGAGCAAAGUGUGCCGAGUACCUGGACCGAGCGGAGCAGCUCAAGCAGUACCUGAAGAAGAAAGAGAACGCGCCGCCCUCCAAACCUGUCAAAGUUCCCCAGUCUGAUGAGAAAGGGACCGACAGUGAUGAUGGCGAUGCAGAGAAAAAGAAAUUCAAAAAUCAACUCCAGGGUGCUAUUAUCAUGGAGAAGCCCGACAUUAAGUGGGAUGAUGUUGCUGGUUUGGAAGGAGCCAAGGAGGCCCUUAAAGAAGCGGUCAUCCUGCCAAUCAAAUUCCCUCAUCUUUUCACUGGGAAAAGGACUCCAUGGAGAGGGAUUCUGCUCUUUGGCCCUCCGGGAACAGGGAAGUCCUACCUGGCCAAAGCAGUGGCUACCGAGGCCAACAACUCCACGUUCUUCUCCAUCUCAUCAUCAGACCUGGUGUCCAAGUGGCUGGGAGAGAGCGAGAAGUUAGUGAAGAAUCUGUUCAGUUUGGCUCGGGAGAACAAGCCUUCAAUCAUAUUCAUUGACGAGAUCGAUUCCUUGUGCGGCUCGAGAAACGAGAACGAGAGUGAAGCGGCCCGCAGGAUCAAGACAGAGUUUCUGGUCCAGAUGCAAGGUGUAGGAAACGACAACGAAGGAAUUCUGGUCCUUGGUGCGACCAACAUCCCCUGGACUCUGGAUUCUGCGAUCAGGAGAAGGUUUGAAAAGCGCAUCUACAUCCCUCUCCCUGAGCAGCCCGCUCGCACCUCCAUGUUCAAGCUGCACCUCGGCUCCACCCUCAAUAGCCUCAACGAAGCUGAUUUCAUCACUCUGGGGAAGAAGUCCGACGGCUACUCGGGUGCCGACAUCAGCAUCGUCGUUCGCGACGCCCUCAUGCAGCCCAUUCGCAAAGUCCAGUCCUCGACUCACUUCAAAAAGGUCAGAGGAAAGGCAUGGAACAACCCGGAUGAUGUCGUGGAUGACCUCUUGACGCCCUGCUCCCCAAACGACCCAAACGCAGUCAAGAUGACCUGGGUGGACGUGGCGAGCGAUAAACUCCUGGAGCCGAUAGUUAGCUUGGAGGACAUGUCCAGGUCACUCGAGAAGACCAAGCCCACCGUGAACGAGGAGGAUCUGGUAAAGCUGAAGAAGUUCACUGAGGACUUUGGGCAGGAGGGCUGAAAUUUUGUAUUCUUGUGGCAUUUAUUUAUAUUUUUUCCCAUUAUGUUUACAAAGUCCUUUCUGCAUCUUUUAUUUUUCAAACUCUUCAUUUUGGCAUUUUCUGGGGGUGAAA